AUUCCAUUUUUAUCCCUCCCCGACCCUUCGUCUAUCACAGCAACAAACUAGUAAUUACAACAAAAUCCAGGUUCCUUUUAUCAAUAAGUCAAGCCACCCUUAAAGCCGCAGGGUAGCCGGUUAGCUUAUUGUGGACCCGACCCGGACCCAACCGUAACGGUUUAACUACUCACCUUCCAAAUAUGAACUUGACGCGCUAUUACAAAACAGUAAGUCCUUCCUCUCAUUGCAUUUCUUGUUUCUCUAAUCAUGGGUUCUGUUGAGCUGCAAGGUACUACUGGAAGAAGAUCAUCACUAGAGAUUGUUAAUAAGAGUGGUGGAGAGUUAAAAGAGAUGAAUAGUGCAAAGAAGAGCAAUAAGAAAUCUUCAUAUUUUAGAAAAUUUGGAUGCUUGAAAAUUGAAGAGAAUAAUGAAAAAGGGAGUGUCGUGGAGACAACAGGAGAGCCUGUAAAUCCAACUCACCUUAUUAUCAUGGUUAACGGUAUCGUUGGCAGUGCUCAAGAUUGGAAAUUUGCGGCUAAGCAGUUUUUGAAGAAGUAUCCCAGAGACGUUGUUGUUCACCGCAGCAAAGUUAAUUCUUCAAUGUUGACAUUUGAUGGUGUAGAUGUAAUGGGAGACAGACUAGCAGAAGAGGUGGUAUCAGUGAAGAAAAGACACCCAUCUGUUCAGAAGAUUUCAUUCGUAGGCCAUUCAUUAGGUGGGUUGAUUGCAAGAUAUGCUAUUGCUAGGCUAUAUGAACGAGAUAUCACCAAGGAAAUUUCUCAUGAAAGCGGCAAUUGUAAAAGUGAUGAAUCUGAAGAUAAAGAUAACUGCGUGCAAGAGAAAUCAACAGGCACAAUUGCUGGAUUGGAGCCCAUGAAUUUCAUAACCUUUGCCACUCCACAUCUUGGUUCGAGGUUUCAUAAGCAGGUCCCAAUGUUUUGUGGCUUUUACACUCUGGAAAAAGCAGCUGCUCGAAUUGCUUGGUUUCUUGGUAGGACUGGAAAACAUCUGUUUUUGACUGAUGUUGAUGAUGGAAAACCUCCGCUUCUUUUUCAGAUGACCAGUGACUCUGAAAAUCUUAAUUUUAUAUCUGCUUUGGAAUCCUUUAAGCGUCGUGUGGCAUAUGCAAAUGCAAGUUUUGACCACAUUGUGGGAUGGUGCACAUCAUCUUUACGGCGAAGAGAUGAACUUCCUAAGAGACAACAUCUCCUAAGACAUGAGAAAUAUCCGCAUAUUGUUAAUGUGAAGACAACAGAAAAUGCAAGCCCUCAGCAUGAAAUAUCAGAGGUCAAAGCUUAUGAUAGCAAGAGUAAUUACAUGGAAGAGGAAAUGAUCAGAGGCUUGACAAAGUUGAGCUGGGAACGAGUUGAUGUUAACUUAAGUGGAAGUAUGCAAAGGUUCGUGGCGCACAGCACCAUUCAGGUGAAAAUCUCCUGCAUCAAUUCUGAUGGGGCUGACGUUGUCCAACACAUGGUUGACAAUUUUAUUUUGUGAAAGGGUUGAAGGUGUGUCGCUCCAAUGAGAUAGUUUUUUCAGCCCAGAAGAACUUUCCCUGGGUGUAAAAUAUUUUCUUUUGUAGCCCAGUUAGGAACAGCGCAGCCCCUUGUUAUUGAAGCCUCAACUAGCUCGUUCAUGACUUCCUUCCGAAGAUCAAAAACCAAGGUUCGGCGAUAUGAAGGUACACGAAACUUUGGUGCUGCUAUAGUUUAUCUAGUCUGCAGAAGCUCUUACUCAUUGAAAACUGAUUAGGAGCCGGAAAAGCGGAAUUUAUGAUGAUUUUAUUCGUGUACUUCAACGACACGGGGACUGUUGUCCUUUUAGAAUGAAAGAUCUAGAUUCUUAAGAAAUUUUCGAGUGACAUUUUCCACGCUUUGUAGAAAUCAAUAACAUUACACUUAAAAGACAACGCUCACUGUGAUCGCAAACCAUUUGUAUUUGCGCAUGUUAACAAAAGCUACUGUGGAACGAGGGAGGAUAAGACCUGAUAGUGAGGUAAAUACAUUUUUGGUACGUGUAAAACUCACGAUUUCAAUCUCAAAUGGUAACCUUUUCAAUAACAGCUGCUGUUAGGACUUGGGA